GCUGGCAACCCUGCUCCGUUUUAAUGGCGACCGGACCGACUUGCCUACUACGUGUUUGACAUAGAAAAUACUUUCGUAGCCGAUUCUCGAGCGUUCCCCGAGCCACUCGAAUUUUCAGGAGAGUGGAGAUAGUUGUCAACACAUUUUUGUGAUCCGUGCACUGCUGCCAUAUUCCCGUCGAUCACCGUUUCCCACGCCCGGACACUGGAGAAAAGUGUGUGUGUCGCAAAGUGCCUGAAAUUUCGCCUUGCCUUGCCUUGUCGCUGGCUCUCGAAGUCGAAUACCCAUAAUGGCGAGACUCACAAAGGUCUACAACACGGACGACGACGACUCCGGUUACGUUGGCCGCAGGAAUUUGCCCCUGCCGGCUGGCGAUAAGUUAAUGAUGCUCAUGGACCUGAAUAGCAAAGGACUGGUGAUCGACAGCCCGACGAUCCGCGGACGCGACCUGGAGGAGUUCUCGCGCAAAUUCAAACUGCUCACAGAGGCCGAGCGCCGGCAGUCGCUGGAGAUCGACAGCGCCAGCUUCAUGGCGGUCCUCAACCAGUGUGUCCAGUGCGUCGGAUGCCGGAGACGCGUGGAGCGGCUGUUCCACCAACUGACCGAGUCCGGACACCGAACGUUAGAUCCCCUGGAGCUGCGCCCCUCAGCCACCUUGAGCAUCGUCGAGGAGAAGCUUAAAACUCCGCAGGCACUGGGCACGCUGCUCUACCGGCAUCACGAGGUGCUCAACAACCUGCUGGACAACAAACUGCGGAACAAGACGCGCUGCGUCCUCCACUCGCUAGACGCCUUUCGAGCCAAACCCUUCUCGGAGACGUGGCGCGAGGUGUGGUCCGCCAUGAAGAGCAACUGCCGCAACGAGCUGACCAUCAUCGAGACCAAGGAACUCCACGACGUGCUCGAGAACUACCUGAAGAAGCACAAGUUCUGCUCUGGCUGCCGGACAAAGAUUGAGCGGGCCUACAAAAUACUCAUUGGCGAGAUUUCUGCCAAGGAGAAGGGUUACGCGGCCCAGCUGUACGCCCAUAUCCGGAAGUGCGUGCCCGACCAGCACAUCCACGUGAGCACCAACAAGAUAGAGUUCCUGGACGCACUGAUCAAGCGCGCUGAGCCGGAGGUUAAUGGUAGCUACUCGAAACUGCGCGAGCGCCACGCAAAGACGCUGGAGAUCGCCCAGGAGGAGGUGUUGACCUGUGUCGGCAUGAUUAUGUACGAACGGCUGCGUCGCAUCUACGUUAGUCUGCGGGAGGAGGAGCGCGCCUGCCAGGUGCUGGCCGCUGUGGGUGUCCACGCCCUCUGCCGCAGCUUUGACACGUUCGUGGAGCAGAAGCAGGGAAUUAGCAACCUGGAGCUGCUCUACCAGGAGAUCAGCCGGGCGGAGCGGGCCAAGCAGAUCAAGCGCGAGCAGAAGAAGCUUAAGAAGAAGAAGAAGAAGGACGAGAAGAAGAACAUGCUGCACCGACAGUGCGAGGAUACUGAGGCCAACGAGUCGGACGAGGAGGAGGACGAGUUGGAGAAGGAGGAGCUGGAACUGGAGGAGGAAGAGACUCAGGAGCAGCAUGUGGAGCUAAGCGAUCCAGGGGCGGACGAUGGCAUUGUUAUAGAGGCAACUCAACCGGAGCCGGAACCCGAGCCCACGUCCAAGCCAACGAAAUCGAAACCGAAGAAGCAAGCGAAGAAAAAGAAGCAAAAGCCAGCGGCCUCCCAGAAAGCUGGUACCCGGAAACAGAUGCAGCCCUCGGCUAGCAUCCAACCUCUGGACGACGAUCACGAUCACCUGGACGUGGCCAGCUGCAUCUCGUCGAGCGUCGCCAAGACGGACGCCGGCGAAAAGUGCGAUGAGUGCCUGGCCCCUAUGCCAAACUGCCCGUGCGAGCAGGAUGUGCGCGAUUCCGGUUACGGUAGCGAUCCCACCUCGCACGUCGACUCGCGGACGUCCAGUGCGGUUUCGUCGCCAGAAGGAUCGGAGGUGUCUUGCUCGGACGGGCUGUGUAAUCACGAUGGCCACGACGAGGACUCUGACGGCUUGGCGGCCCGAAACAGCUACGUCUCUGACCUGUUGUUUUACGGUCAUCAGUCGCAGCUGGAUCACAAAUUUUCAUUGUUGCAGAUGUGGGACGACUUCGACGAAUACGACGACAAAGACGAGGAGAGCUAUUACAUUCCCCAGGACGUUGUGCUGGCCUUUAAGUGCCACCGGGAGCAGGUGCAGCGCCAGCGGGAGCAGCUCCGUGCCACGCUGCGCGCCAACUUCGAGCGCCUGUGCCUGCAGCGCGGUGUGCAGACGCAGGUGCAGAAGUCGAAGCGGGCGACUUCUGCCCUGGCUGGCCAUUAAAAAACGCAUUAAACCGUUGUAGUUAUUCAGUCGAGCGCGGCGAUUUUUUAAAAUCCGCCCGCAU